UUAUAAAUUCUGAACCUGGUUUUAUCAGCACGAUAGGGAUCCCAGACAAAAUGGGUAGCACGCUGGCCAUUGUGUGGAUGCUACUGCUGCUUGGAGAGCGUCUGCAGGGGUCAGAACCGACCCUGAGGCUAGUGAAUGGGCAGAACAGAUGCCAGGGCCGCGUUGAAAUAUUUUACAGUGGAGCAUGGGGAACAGUUUGCGAUGACUCCUGGGACAUGGAUGAUGCCAACGUGGUCUGUGCUCAGCUUGGGUGUGGACGGGCCACUGAUGCCGUGGGGGCAGCCCAGUUUGGUGAGGGCACAGGAGACAUCCUGCUGGAUGAAGUGCAGUGCCAAGGGAAUGAGGCUCUCCUCUGGCAGUGCUCCCAUGAUGGAUGGCUCAACACCAAUUGCCUUCAUCAGGAAGAUGCUGGUGUCAUCUGUGCAGGUUCUUUGAUGUCUGAAAUUCCUGACGUGUCCCUGAGGUUGGUGAAUGGGAGGAACCGAUGCGAGGGCCGUGUCGAAGUCCAUUACCAGGGCAACUGGGGCACUGUCUGCGAUGACUCCUGGGACCUGCAGGAUGCCAAGGUGGUGUGCAGCCAGCUGGGCUGUGGCAGGGCUAUUUCUGCCCUCGGAAAUGCCAAUUUUAGCCAAGGCUCAGGAGAGAUCCUCCUUGAUGAUGUGCAGUGCAGAGGGAACGAGGCCUACCUCUGGGAGUGCCCCAGCAGAGGGUGGUCCGUCCAUAACUGCGCACACGUGGAAGAUGCUGGUGUUGUUUGCUCAGCUUCCACAGGACCUGAAGUGACAGCUUCUACAGGAACUGAAAUACCCGAGGUGUCCAUGAGGCUGAUAGAUGGCAGAAACAGAUGUGAAGGGCGCGUAGAAAUCUACUAUAAGGGAAGCUGGGGGACCGUAUGUGACGAUUUCUGGGACAUAAAUGAUGCGCGGGUCGUGUGCAGGCAGCUGGGAUGUGGAGAUGCUCUCUCUGCACUGGGAAAAGCACAUUUCAAUCCAGGGGCAGGGGAGAUAUUCCUGGAUGAUGUGCAGUGCCAUGGAAAUGAAUCCUACCUGUGGGAAUGCUCUCACAGAGGAUGGGCCACACAUAACUGUGGGCACAGAGAAGAUGCCGGUGUGCGUUGCUCAGCUUCCAGGGGAGCCAGAACACCUGAAUUAGCUCUGCGCCUGGAGAAUGGUGGCAAUCGAUGUGAGGGACGUGUAGAAAUAUUUUACAAAGGACAGUGGGGAACAGUCUGUGAUGAUCGGUGGGAUAUCAACGAUGCUCGGGUUGUCUGCAGACAGCUGGGUUGUGGGCUGCCCAUCUCAGCACCAGGAGAUGCCCAGUUUGGGGAAGGCUCUGGGGUUAUUUUCCUGGAUGACGUGCAGUGCAGAGGGAAUGAAGCUUAUGUAUGGGAAUGCUCCCACAACGGUCUGUCAAGACAUAACUGUGGCCACAAUGAAGAUGCCAGUGUUGUCUGUUCAGGGCCUGCAGCAUAAGGAGAGGAAAUAAAGAUGUGCAUUACCUUUAAGGCUGGUAAACUUCUAAGGCAUCAUCAUAAAUAAGUAAUAAACUCUUUCAUUGCAUGACA